GCGGGCGGCGGCGGUCGAGCACCCGGGAGCCGCGUCUCCUGAAAGCCGGCCCCUGUGCUGCUGGUGUGACGGCCACUUAGCCUGAGAAACGAUUAGCUCCAGCCGGCGUCCGCUGACAGCCGGAAACGCCCGGGCCCCAGUGAGGCAUUAAUUUUAUUUUGGGGAGGAGGGUGGUUUGGCCCACUUCGGGUGAAGUAAAGUAAUCGCCAGUGCCGUCCUUGUGUGGGACCAGAAAACCCAGCGCGUGACUUUUGAUUGUUAGUUGCAUCAAGUGGCAGCGAUUCCUGCUUUCCUGAUGACUUGUGGGUUAGGGUCGACACCAGAGAUCGAUAAGCUAUUGUGUCGCCUCUCCCUGCCUGAAGGAAGUGGCGCUCUUGCAGAACAUUCUGAAAAUGUGCAUAUUUCAGGAGUGUCAACUGCUUGUGGAGAGACUCCAGAACAAAUCCGAGCACCAAGUGGUAUAAUCACAAGUCCAGGCUGGCCGUCUGAAUAUCCUGCCAAACUCAACUGCAGCUGGCUCAUAAAGGCAAACCCAGGGGAAAUCAUUACUAUAAGUUUUCAGGAUUUUGAUAUCCAGGGCUCCAGAAGAUGCAGUUUGGACUGGUUGACAAUAGACACAUACAAGAACAUUGAAAGUUACAGAGCUUGCGGCUCCACAAUCCCACCUCCAUACAUCUCCUCCCAAGACCAUGUCUGGAUCAGGUUCCACUCUGAUGACAGUGUCUCGAGAAAAGGCUUCAGACUGGCCUAUUUUUCAGGAAAAGCAGAGGAGCCGAACUGUGCUUGUGAUCAGUUUCACUGUGGCAAUGGGAAGUGCAUCCCAGAAGCCUGGAAGUGUAAUAACAUGGACGAAUGUGGAGACAAUUCUGAUGAAGAGAUCUGUGCCAGGGAAGCCAGCCCUCCAACGGCUGCCUCCUUUCAGCCCUGUGCUUAUAACCAGUUCCAGUGUCUGUCCCGUUUCACCAAAGUCUACACCUGUCUCCCCGAGUCUUUAAAAUGCGAUGGGAACAUUGACUGCCUUGACCUCGGAGAUGAGAUAGAUUGUGAUGUGCCAACUUGUGGGCAGUGGUUAAAAUAUUUCUAUGGUACUUUUAAUUCUCCCAACUAUCCAGACUUUUAUCCUCCUGGAAGCAACUGUACCUGGUUAAUAGACACUGGUGACCAUCGUAAAGUCAUUGUACGCUUCACUGACUUCAAACUCGAUGGUACUGGCUAUGGUGACUAUGUCAGAAUAUACGAUGGAUUAGAGGAGAAUCCACACAAGCUUCUGCGUGUGCUGACUGCUUUUGAUUCUCAUGCACCUCUUACAGUUGUCUCUUCCUCUGGACAAAUACGGGUACAUUUUUGUGCUGAUAAAGUAAAUGCUGCCAGGGGGUUCAAUGCCACUUACCAAGUAGAUGGCUUCUGUCUGCCCUGGGAAGUACCCUGUGGGGGCAACUGGGGCUGCUACACUGAGCAGCAGCGCUGUGAUGGGUACUGGCACUGCCCAAAUGGGAGGGACGAGAUCAACUGUACCAUGUGCCAGAAGGAAGAAUUUCCAUGCUCCCGAAACGGUGUGUGUUAUCCCCGUUCCGACCGCUGCAACUACCAGAAUCACUGCCCCAACGGCUCAGAUGAAAAAAACUGCUUUUUCUGCCAGCCAGGCAAUUUUCAUUGCAAAAACAAUCGCUGUGUGUUUGAGAGCUGGGUGUGUGAUUCCCAGGAUGACUGUGGCGACGGCAGCGAUGAGGAGAACUGCCCGGUGAUCGUGCCCACCAGAGUCAUCACUGCAGCCGUCAUCGGGAGCCUCAUCUGUGGCCUGCUGCUGGUCAUCGCCCUGGGAUGUACUUGUAAGCUGUACUCCCUGCGGAUGUUUGAACGGAGAUCAUUUGAGACCCAGUUGUCAAGAGUGGAAGCAGAAUUGUUAAGAAGAGAAGCUCCUCCCUCUUAUGGACAGUUGAUUGCUCAGGGCUUAAUUCCACCAGUGGAAGAUUUUCCGGUUUGUUCGCCUAAUCAGGCCUCCGUCCUGGAGAACCUGCGGCUGGCCGUGCGCUCCCAGCUGGGCUUCACGUCCAUCCGGCUCCCGAUGGCGGGCAGGUCCGGCGGCCUCUGGAAUCGCAUCUUCAGCUUCGCGAGGUCACGGCACUCGGGCUCCCUGGCCCUGGUCUCGGCCGAUGGCGACGAGGUCCCGAGCCCGGGCGCCGGCAGAGAGGCGGAGAGAGGCCACGGCGCACACCGGAGUUUGUUUUCCGUGGAGUCCGACGACACCGACGCGGAGCCGGAGCGGAGGGACGGCGGGGGCGCGGCGGGCGGCCUGGCAGCCCCGCUGCCGCAGAAGGUGGCCCCGGCCUCUGCCGUGGAGGCCGCGGGGGGCGUGCGGAGCCAGGCGGAGCCGGCCCUCGCCAGGGACGCGGCACGCGCGGAGGCCCCGGGCGCCAGCCCCGCACGGCAGCAGCUCUCCAGCGCACUGAGCCGAGUCACGCAGGGACUGCGCUGGGUGCGGCUCACGCUGGGGCGUGCGGGGCCGGCGCCGCACAGCCAGAGCCACAGCCCGCUGAGACAGCUGGAGCCCGCGGCAGGCGCCCGCCCAGGGGACGAGGACGACGACGUGGAGCUGCUCGUCCCCGCCGCCGACGGUGCCGACUGCUCCAGGCCGCUGCUUGACCUGGCCGCGGAGCCGGGCCCCGGGCCGGGGCAGCCUCCCAGCGCUGCUCUCCCCACACCUAGGCCAGGCCGCGACGGGCCCUGCGAGUGCUGCGGCGUGGUGCACACCGCCCGGGUGCCCGACUCGUGCCGCCGGGACCUGGACGCGGCGCGCAAGGGCGAGGCGAGCGACGAUGAGGCGCUGCUGCCCUGCUAGGUAGGGGCGGGCUGCGCGAGGAGGCGAGCUCCUGGAGAGGGCUGCGGGGCGCCUGACGCCUGCCCACGCCCAGCCCGGCAGCCUCACGCCCCUCACGCACCCUGGAACUCUGUCUCCAGUUGAUAGCAGCUGGAGCAGGCGCCCCGCGGUAUGUAUCCGCGUCCUUCCGUGACGCUCUUCCUUCCAUUUGAUUGUUUUAUCCUGGUACUGUAGCCCUCGCGGAAACAAGGCUGCUUCACGCCUUGGUCAUUUUUACCCACUUACGUUAAAAAGUUUGUACAAAAGUACUUUCUCAUUGAACCUUUUAUGCUUUUGCCAGCACAUCUUGUAACAAUACACUAGAUGCUAAGAUUGUUAACGUACGAAAGAAAAACCUUUACACUCGCCUUUUUAUUUGUAUGAUAUUUGUCUUUUAUUGGAUUCAUAUUACCUUGUCAAAGGGGAAAAAAAACUUCCUCACGUUUUCUCUUAUGUUUGACAUAAAGUGAUGUGAAUUUAGGUAGAGUUAGAUGGAUUAACGGCAAAAAUAAAACUUUUAUAGAUUUUCUAAUAUUGACUUUAAUACUCUAAUAUGGUAUAAACCAAAUGGUAAAAUCCCAAGUCAUUUCUGUUUUCAUCUCUAUUUAGGGACAGUUAAGCAGAUGAAGAUAUUCUACUAUGCAUUAAACCUUGAACUUUAUAAAAUAUGUACAGAAAUUGUACAUGGUAAGUUCCAGCUGGUAACGUCUUUCCUUAAUGCUCUAGGGUUGCUCUUGUAUUGGACCCUGCGGAUUUGCACUGAAGUGUCAAGGUCUCAGAUGAGUUUAGUGCACAGGCACGCUCACUUUAACACUAUGAUUUGCUACCACAGUGACUAUAUAUUUCCAUAGCUUUUUUCAGGGUUGGGGAGCAUUUGUAUUACAAUUUGAAGUUACUUUGCCAGUUUCAUAUUUAUUUGUUGUAUUUAAAAACCGCGUUAUUGUGACUUUUUCAAUAUAUUUUAUUCAUGGGGGUCAUGCUGUAAUUUUGAAGAAAAGCAAAUUAAGACAUAAUUCAGAUUGCCCCCCUUUUUAAGUAGAAUGAAUUGCAAAACCUGUUUAUUUUUUUUAUUGUCAGCCCCUGUUUAUUUAUUCUUUAGCUAUCUGUUUUAGUAGUUUUAUGAUUGAGUACGAAAAUGUAUUUGUGUGGUUAUUGCUAUUUAUUGAAUUUAAAUACUUUGCUGAAUGUCAUUUUAAAGCAUGUUUGAGGUCUUGUGUACUUGUCAUGUUAUGCUGUCAGGAAGAACUGAGUAAAAUGUUUUAAUAUGUAUCAAAAAUUAAAAUGAUUUUUUAUUGCCUUGAGGUACUUUUUUAAUCAAAGUUGUUCUUUAUUUUUGCUGAAUUGUGGUACAAAUAUAGAUCAGGCUAUAAAAUAUGUAAUACAUCUAGAAGAAAGUGAAAGCAGGUAUAUUCUCCUUCACUGCUUGAGAGGGAAACUGUAGUUUUCACUCACCUAAGGGUGAGAUGCCCUAAGGACCUGGAGAGUGUUUGCCUCCUGCGUAGUGUGCUUGUGAGAACGGUCACUCCUUUCACAUGAUUUUCACAUGCUCUUCAGGGCCCUGUGGGAUAUUCUGCCAGUUCGGUUAGCAAGUUAGUUCUUUUCGGUCCUGUUGGUACUGCACCUUGGCUGUAGGGUUUUGGUUUUAUUUUCAGGCGUGUUUCACUUGUCUUUUUGUUAGCUAAUAUACCUCCCUGGCCGGACAGUGAAAAGCUGCCCCUCCCCUGCCUUACAGCCUGCUUCUAGCUCCCUUCCACAGGGACAUGUGCCAGUGCCACGGUUUUACUUCCUCCAGGAACACCGAGCGCUGUGCCCUGGGCACACAUGUCCAUACAUCCGCAGACGCUGCACGUGUGUUUUCUGCACUCUUCAAGAGGGAGUACGUCCUUAGCAUUGGAGUACUUAAAGCUAAGUGUCUCUUUAACUUGUACCUUCAUGUCAGAGUUCUAUCCUGAAUUUAGGGCUUCACUGGGAGUUUUUCCAGGUGACCAGUUUUCCCAAAGCUACUUACUAAAUAGUACAUCCUUUCUUCAUUAGUUUGAGAUUGAACCUUUAUGUAGUACAUUCCCGCAUUAUUUGGGUAUGUUUCUAGACUAAUUCUCCUUCUUUCUGCCUCCUUUUGUGCCAGUAUGACAUUGAUUUAGUGACUCAUUUUAAAAUAUGUCUUAAGUAUUUGUGCAUAUUUUAACAUCUGAGCUUUAGAAUCAACCUGAGACCCACAAACUUUUUGUUUUGGACAUUUUUAAUUUUGUUGAUAAACUUAGGGAAACUUUACAUCAUUAUCAUAUGAAAGCCUUUUCUCUAAAUCUUGGUGCCCUCUAUAAACAGUGCCUAUUCAUUUAGGGGGGUUUUGUUGUUAUUUCCUUCAGGUGUAGUUUACAGAAAUGUCAUACAUCUUUAAAGUUUAAUCUUAACAAAUUCCACCCUUUUAUCGCUAUGAUUAGUGAAGUCCUUUCCAUGUAUUAUUUAGUCUAAUUUAGUAUACAGAAAGGCUAAUGAUUUGUAAUGUUAGUUUUCUGCCCAGCCGUCUGAGUUGGCUUUCUUAUAGUUUGAGAUAAUGGUUUUCAGCUACAUAAUCAUGACAUCUACAAGCCUAGACAAGUGGGUUGCUUACCAAUUUGUGUCUUGUUUAAGUGCUAAUAAGUACUUUUAGAAAAAUGUUAAAUAACACUGGCUAUGAUGAGCUGGGUUGAGAUAAACAGGUUUAAUCAUAUUGAGGAGCAUCCAUUGAUCCCUAUUUUAAACAAGGUUUCUAAGAAUGCAUGUCAAGUUUUAUCACAUUCCUUUUCACCAUCCGUGGGGAUAUUUCAGUGAUUUUUUUUCCUUUGAUUCUGGUAUGGCAAAUUUUAUAAAUAUGUUUUGUAAUUUUAAACCAUCCUCAUCCUUGCAUUCCUUAAAUAAACUCGUUUGAACGUGUGUUUUUUAAUAUAUUA